AUGAAUAGAAAUAUUGAUAUAAAUAAUAAUAAUAAUGGAGGAAUUGAUUAUAGUAUAACAAAUGAAGAAUUAUCAGGAUAUGUUCAAGAAGAGGAUUAUGAAGCAAUUAAACAAAGAUAUGGAGGUGUAUCAGGGUUAUCAAAGAGAUUAGGAUCAAAUGAAGAGAAUGGUUUAUCACAGCAAGAAGCCACAAAUGAAGAGAGGAUUCAUAGAUUUGGUAUAAAUAAAAUGAAUGAAAUUGCACAAAAAUCAUUGUUUUUUUUCAUUUGGCAAGCAAUACAUGAUAAAACAUUAAUCAUUUUAAUAGUUUCAGCAGUGGUUUCAAUAAUAUUGGGUUUGACAGUUGAAGAUAGAAAAACAGGUUGGAUCGAUGGUACUGCAAUCUUGGUUGCAGUUAUAAUUGUGGUUUUGGUAACAGCAGGAAAUGAUUAUAAUAAAGAGAAGAAAUUUAGAAAACUUAAUACAAUUAGAAAUGAAAGAAAUGUUUCAGUGGUUAGAGGUGGUCAUUUGGCAAGUAUCUCUGUUUAUGAUGUCGUAGUUGGUGAUGUUGUUAAAUUAGAAACUGGUGAUACAAUUCCCGCUGAUGGUCUUUACAUUGCCGGUCAAAGUAUUGCAGUCGAUGAAAGUUCAAUGACUGGUGAAUCAGAUCAAAAAAGAAAAUCAAAUGAUCGUCCUUUCUUUUUAUCAGGUUGUCAAGUUUUGGAAGGCAGUGCAAGUAUGUUGGUAAUUGCCGUUGGUCCAAACUCUCAAUGGGGUAAAUUAAAACUAUUGUUACAAUCACCAGAUUCCGAUACUCCAUUAACUCAAAAAUUGGAGAAAUUAGCUGAAACUAUUGGUAAAUUUGGUUUAAUUGCUGCCAUUUUAACCUUUGGUGUUUUAUUAUUAAAAUAUGUAAUUGUAUUUGUAAAGGAUGGUCAUACUUGGCAUUGGAGUGAAUUGGGUACAAUUGUUGGCUUUGUUGUAACAGCAAUUACAAUUAUUGUCGUUGCAGUACCUGAAGGUUUACCAUUGGCAGUAACAAUCUCUUUGGCAUACAGUAUGAUGAAAAUGAUGAAGGAUCAAAAUUUAGUACGUCACUUGGAAGCAUGUGAAACAAUGGGUGGUGCAACAAAUAUUUGUUCCGAUAAAACUGGUACAUUAACUCAAAAUAGAAUGACAGUUGUAAAGAAAAUCAUUGGUAAAUCAAUUAAUUCUGAUGAUUUUGUAGAAAAUGGAAAAUCAAGUAUGUCUGAUCAACAGAGAGAUAUUUAUUCUUCACCAAGUUCAUCAUCUUCUCGUCAUAAUGUUUAUAAUGAUAGUGGUAAAGUUAAUCAACAUGACUGUGAAAUGGAAAUGUUAUCAAAUUCAAGAAUUUUAACAUUGUUAGCAGAGGGUAUAAGUUUGAAUUCAACCGCUUAUAUUGAAAAACAUACAGAUAGAUUAAACGAUCAUAUUGGUAGUAAAACUGAAUGUGCUUUAUUAGAGUGGUUAGAAACUAUGCCAAAUCAAUCCUAUGAAACUGUUAGAAAAGAAAAUAAAGAUAGAGUUGUAAAAGUUUAUCCAUUUUCAUCGGAAAAGAAAAUGUCAGCAGUUUUAAUGAACCAAAAUCAAAAUAUUUCAGGUGGUUUAAUUAUUUAUGUAAAAGGUGCAGCAGAGAUUGUUUUAAAUAAUUGUACAAAUAUAGUCGAUAAGAAUGGUGAAUCUACUCAAAUGAGUAGAGAUGAAAAGAUGUUACUACAAAAGGAUAUUGAAAUAUUUGCAAGUGAAGGUUUACGUACUCUUGUUUUGGCAUAUAAAGAAAUUAAUAAUGAACCAUCAUCAGAGGAUGAGGCAAAGGUAAUUUAUACUGGUUUAACAUUUUUAGGUUUGGUUGGUAUUAAAGAUCCAGUCAGAAAAGAAGUACCACGUGCAGUUAAAAGAUGUCAAGGUGCUGGUAUCUUUGUUAGAAUGUUAACAGGUGAUAAUAUAUUGACAGCAAAGAAUAUAGCAAGAGAAUGUGGUAUUUUGAAAGAUGGUGGUGUAGCUAUUGAAGGUCCACAAUUUAGAUUGCUAACCGAUGAUCAAUUAGAUACAAUCAUCCCACAUUUACAAGUUAUUGCAAGAUGUUCACCAACUGAUAAAUUCAGAUUAGUUCAUCGUUUAAGAGAAUUGGGAGAAGUUGUAGCUGUUACUGGUGAUGGUGUAAAUGAUGCUCCACAAUUGAAGGAAGCUGAUGUUGGUUUUUCAAUGGGUAUUGCUGGUACUGAAGUUGCCAAAGAAGCAUCCGAUAUUGUAUUAUUGGAUGAUAAUUUCAAUUCCAUCGCCAAAGCAGUUAUCUGGGGUAGAAAUGUUUAUGAUUCAAUUCGUAAAUUUAUUCAAUUCCAAUUGACUGUUAAUAUUGUUGCCGUAUUGAUUGCAUUUGUAGGUUCAAUAACAAAUGGUGAGAGUCCAUUACGUCCAGUUCAAUUACUUUGGGUUAAUCUUAUUAUGGAUACUUUAGGUGCUUUGGCUCUAUCAACUGAACCACCCUCUGAAGAACUCUUUAAUCGUCGUCCAUAUGGUAGAUUUGAUUCUUUAAUAACAUAUCGUAUGUGGAGAAAUAUUAUUGGUCAAUCAAUUUAUCAAAUUGCUUUCCUCUUUUCAAUUAUGUAUAGUGCUGCAUCAAUGGUUGAAUUAUUUGAUUUACCAAGAGUUGAUCAAUGGACAACUAAUGAUAAAACUGUUUAUCAUACUAUAAUUUUUAAUACUUUUGUAUUUUGUCAAUUCUUUAAUGAAAUUAAUUGUAGAGUUUUAGAUAAUCAAUUAAAUGUUUUUAGAAAUAUUCAUAAAAGUUAUGUAUUUGUUGGUGUAGUUUCAUUCUGUAUAUUCAUUCAAGUUAUUUUAGUUGAAUUUGGUGGUGAGUUUUUUGGAACUAGACAUUUGGAUUAUAAACAAUGGUUCUUUUGUAUUAUUAUUGGGUUUGGUAGUUUAAUUUGGGGAUUUUGUCUUAGAUUAUUACCACUUAAAGAUAGAACCAAUACAAAUAUUGAAGUUAAACCAUUGGAUGUUAAAAACUUGGGAAUUGAUGUUGAUAUUGAGAGUCAACCAUUAUUGGGUGGAAAAUCAAAUUGGAAAAAGGCUCGUAAUGUAUUCACUCAAAUCAAUGUUAUCUCUGCAUUCCGUAAUCAACCAAGAUUAAAAAGAACAAAAAGUUUAUUUGCAACAAAAUCAUCAGAUUCAAAUGCUAGAUAUAAUAGAAAUUUAAAUGGUUCAGGUUAUGGAAGUGGUUCAAGUUAA